AUGAAGACCACGGGCUUUCUGCUCGCCUCGUGGGCAGCCGUUGCUUCGGCAAAGUUUUUCCAGAUCGAAGUGAACACCGCCCCAGACAAGCAAGUCAAUCUCGUUGCCCAACUGGAUCGGCUUGAGCGAACACACCGCUCCGUAACUAGCGGACUCGGCGCUUCGGUCGAAGAGCCAGGCGUCUACUGUCAAGCAUACUCGGACCCCAAUGGCCGUGAUGAGCUAGGAGAGCCAUUCUGGAGGGGCAAGAGCGUCGUUUUCUCACAGGAGGCGGGUGAAGUUGUGCCCAUCGGCUCGUUUAUGUGCAAGGACACGGUCGAGAAGUUGAGGGACGAUGGUGUAGACGACGAUGAUGACGACGACGAUGACCUCGACCUCGACGAUAAGGAUAAGGGAGGUGACCUGGACGGUGAUCUACAGGACGACGACGACGAUGAUGAUGAAUACCUCCAGGGGGACGACGAUGGUGAUUUCCAAGGGGACGAUGGCGAUGGUGGUGAUACUUUCAAGGGCGACGACGACGACGACGAGUACAUCCAGGGGGACGAGGACGAUGAUGAUUUGGAAUAUGAUGGGGCGGACUACGAUGAUGACGACGAUGCCGGAAAGGAUGAAGGAGCUGGCCUGAAUCGCCUCAAGGGCGAUGAUGAUGAUGACGACGAUGACGAUGAUUUCCAGACCGAAGGUAGUGGCGGGGACGAGAGAAUUGAGUUGAAGGACGGAGAAUACGACGAAGACGGUGAUUUGGCCAGCGGCGGCGACGACGAUUUUGAAGCUGGUCUGGAUGAUGGCGACGACGAUUUCGACGCUGGCCUAGAUGACGGCGACGACGACGAUCAAGAUGAUCCGUUUUUGGACGAGCUAGACAAGAAGGCAAGUGUACAGUUCCGCACCAGCAUUUACAAUUUCGUACGAGGAGAAGUACAGCUGGGGAAACUUGUGUCAACAAAAGAUGUAAAGCUCGGAUCUGAAGUGGUCGAAGCCGUCGUCACUAGGGCUGAAGGCGUUUCCAUUUCCUCUGUUAGCUGCCAACUGUUCGCGGACGCCGAGGGCAAGGAGAAACUGGGCAGCCCUUUCUCGAUCUUGGACGUAAGGUUCGGGAGGGAUGCCGUGCCGGUGAUGGCGAUCAAGUGCGAUGUCAAGGGGUAA